AUGCAGGUGCAGAAAAAAGCACACAGAGACCAGGAACGGAACCUGGGCGUCGAUGGGCUGCUGAUUGACGUGGAUUUUGCCGGUUGUUUUGCGCACUGUGUAGCGGGAAUCACGCUUGUCAUCGCUGCGCAUGAACUCAGUGCCGGCCAUUGCAGGAUUUGGGAACUGCGCAAAUCCUGCAAAUGUCGUGAUCUUGCCAAACCUUGCCGUUCUUCUGGUAGCCCCGUUAGCCCAAUGAUUAAAAUUUGCAAAUUCUUGCUCUCGUCACGGGUCGGGCUGCUGCAUGCGUCUAAGCAACUCAAUUACGAUUCGUGGAUAUCUAUCCUAGGCGCGAUGUUGCAACUAUCACCACGAGACGCGCUAUGCUUGGUUCAAGCUGAUCCCCAGAUGAUCGAUCGGCUCAUGAGGCCACUCUGCCGCCCACUUAGCGUGUUGGUGCAAUUGAUAAUUGCAGCGGAAACAUACGGCGACAGUGAAUUGCGCAAAACUAUGAGCGCCCGCCUCUAUCUAAUGAAUAUAUCGGGUCGCGUACGUGUGUGGGCACGAGGCGAACAUACCGGAUACAUGCAUACAGUUUGCCGUCUAGCUUGUGAGAUGGCCAAGUUUGGGGAAAGUCAAGGACAGCGCAAACUUGCAACGGCUCCAGCCGUAGAUCUAUGUGUUACUUUCUGUACUAACCAGGGAGUUUUUCAGGUGGCAUGUGAGGCUAUUUCCGCGAUAGCUCAUUGCAGAGAUGACACAGAUGAACAAGUGGUUGAAGACGCUCGAAUUUUUAAUGCUAUUCUUGAUUCGGCAUUAUCGGAGAUGCGUUCUCAGAACGCUUAUCCGAGAGUGACACUUGCUCUAGUUAUGACGCUAAGCCUGCUGAGUGCAUCUCAAAAACUUGAUGCGCAAACUAUCUCCAAAAUUAUGUCAUUGUCUGAGGAGAGAUGGCCGGUUGCACAGGGGCUUCUUUUACACGAAUUGAUUCAAUUUUGUGAGCUGGACAAUUACCAAGACGGGCAUCUCGCAGGAUAUGGUCGUGGCAGAUUUCGAGAAGCUUGGCUUAUAUUUCACCAAGAUAACAUCAUUGCUGACCUCGCAGUGAAGUGUCUGGGGAAUGCACAAAAAUUCCCUGCGAAUGUGUGUCACAGUAUUGAGCAAGGAUGUGUUCCCAUACUAUGGCUUGCAGCGAGUGCCAACGAAAUCGUGACUGUGCGCCGAAAAUGCUCGGUUUGUGUCGCUCUGUCCAACCAACGCAACUUCCUUGCAGACUGCGUGUCAACGUCAGCACUUCUUUCCCGUGAGCAGUCGGUCCCACGCCAUGGUGUUGUACAAUGCUUACAGAAGAAUGUUGUGUUGGCUCUGAUUCUUCUGGCCGAAGAGCAGCCAGUAUCGAAUGUUGUUACUUAUCGCAUAUGCGAAAUUAUAGUGUCUUGCACGACAGACCACGGCAGCAUGGUCGAUCUCCUUCAAGUUGUAGCAACCCUCCUGGAACCCAGCGAGUUACAUCAGCAGAUGAUGCCACUUGAUCACAAAAAUGGAGCUCCUAGCAAAGGUAUCGUUGCGCUUGUGCGAUCGACUCAGGGCGACACAAAGAUAAUCUUACCACCAGUUGAUUUCCUUGCUGGACUGAGCUCCACGCUCCUUGCAAUUUACAGCAGCCUGCAUGCGAACAGCGGCCAGCUCCCUGUUCUCCGAGGUGAUUACGCGAUUUGGGACAACAUAUUUGCACAGGCCUUAAAUAGUGCGCAUGUAUCUGAAAGGUGA